ACUCUUUAUUCACAAUUCCAUAAGGCCUAGUUCUUCUGGCAUUGCUUCCACGAACAUCAAUAUGGCCGCACCGAAAAUACACUUUACUUUUGUCUUCCUGGCAAUUGUUUUCAGCUUGUUCUCAGUCUAUUUGGCAGAACUGUGUUUUGACGUAUCUGACUGCACAGUCACCGGAUGUGGACUGGGCGGCAAGCUCGUGUGUGAUGACGAGGGAAAAUGCACAUGCAAAGUGUUGGAUGCCACGUGUACAGACGGCGAAAACGUUGGUGUCAACUGCACAAGACAUAACCAGGAUUUCUGUAGAAAGUGGUACGAUACAGCGCCCGACCACAACUGUGACUGCGCUGAACUAAACAACAUUCACUGCAUCGACGGCCAGUGCACGUGCGGCUACCCGCCAAAUUAGAGAUAUAAAUUACAACAUUUAAAAACACUACAGUGAGACCCGAGAUUGGCUAUAAAGAACACCACAAACGUAAUCAGUGUUAAUAAUUUUAUAUUAAUUAAUAAACUGUUCAAAUUUA